CUCCCCCCCCGCACCGAUGGCGGCCCCCGCGGGCGCGCCGCCGGCGGCGGAGGCGGCGCGCCGAGGGGCGGGCGCGCCGCCGCGGUGCGGGGCAGGGCAGAAGCGCAGGGCCGCGCCGCAGAGCCCGGCGGCGGAGCCCCUACAGCCCAGCGGCCUCGGCAGGGUGUCCCUGGUGGGCGCGGGCCCGGGGGAUCCUGAGCUGCUGACGCUCAAGGCGGUGCGGCGCCUGGAGGCUGCAGAGGUGGUGCUGCACGACGCGCUGCUCCCGGAGGAGAUCCUGGCGAUGGUGCCCGCCUCGGCCGAGCUCGUCAACGUGGGCAAGCGCUGCGGCAUGGCCCGCGACCGCGGCGCCCAGCAGCUGGAGAUCAACCAGCUGCUGCUCUCGCACGCCAGGCGGGGUCGCAGCGUGGUGCGCCUCAAGUGCGGCGACCCCCUCAUCUUCGGGCGCGGCGGCGAGGAGCUGGAGUUCCUGGCCGAGCACGGCGUGGCAGCGGAGGUGGUGCCGGGCAUCUCGGCCUGCCUGGGGGCCGCCGCGUCGCUGCAGGUUCCGCUGACGCACCGCACCUGCGGCGCGAACCAGGUGCGGCUGCUGGUGGGGCAGACCAAGGCCAUGGUGCUGCCGGACCUGGACUGGGCGGAGCUGGCCCAGAACGUACACAAGCAGUCGGUAGUGUUCUACAUGGGGUUCAAGUCGCUCGACACCAUAUGCGAACGCCUGUUGGCCCACGGCGCACCCGAGGAGACGCCGAUGAUGUUGGUGGAGUCUGCCACGACGCCCCACGAGUCGGCGCUGGCCGGCACGGUGAAGACCCUGCCCGGCCUCGCCAGGGAGCGCCCCGGCCGGGGCGGCCCCGUGCUCAUGUUCCUCGGGCACACCGUGGCGUUCCCGCAGCGGCUCGAGCAGCUGUCUGGGGGCAGGGUCGUCAAGCGCCAGAGGGUCGGAGACUUGGACGAGAGCUGAGGCGCGCGCGGCAAGCAGAGGCAGUCAUGCCCAGGCUCGACGAGCCAACAGAAACGGCACCACGACCCCCUCCCAAAACCAAUAUCGUCCAGAGGAGGGGGUCGGGGGAGCAGCUGAGCGCCGACUCGAGGUGGCCGCUCGGCCCUCCGGACGCGUAUGCCUCGGCCGUUUUCGGAUGUUCACCCUCUGGACGUCUGCACACAUUGCAGCCCGCCAGCUCUGUUCGAGCGGCCCGCUGGAGCGUAGAGCGCCCAGGGGGGCGCCAAGGAACCUCGGCGGCCCACGGAACGCAGGAGGAGGAGGAGGGCACGUGAUGAGCAACGCUCUCAG